GUUGGUAAAAAAACAAGAAUCAAAAAUGGCGAUGGAUAAACCAAGUACCUCCACUGAAAAUGACUUUGAUUCACUAACACUGCAUGAUAUGUUUAGAACAAUUGGUGAUCAAAUGACACCUCGAGAUGUCAAAGUCUUGAAAUUUAUAUACAGUGGAAUAAUGGCUGAUGAUAUUUUGCGAAAAGUGUACGAUGGUUUCUCGUUUCUUUUAGCGUUAGAGAAAAUGGAUAGAAUCGAUGAAACGAACUUCAAACAUAUUUUAGAUCUCUUAAGAAUUAUUACACGACAUGACUUAACACCUUAUGUCACACUUAAACGUAGGAAAACUGUUUUCCCUGAUCCUGUAUCAGAUUAUUUAGAGAGAACAAAUGAAACAUGUUGCCAACAAGAUCCAUCACAACCUCAAGCCAAGAAGAAAAGAAAAAGUUAUACAUAUAAAAAGAAAUCACGCAGGCAAUCUACCUCUACCAGUACACAAGCUACAACAAAUGAGGAACCAACAGAAAGUCAAAAAGCCAUAGAUGCUAAACAAAAAGUAACAUGUGAUAUCAAAUUACGAGUUAGGGCUGAAUACGAGACACAUGACUCAGCCCUUGUUAAUGUGACAUCUAACAAACCAACAGAAUUAGAGAGACAAUUAGAACGAUUCACACAAGCAGAUACAAUUCUCAAGUCUAGAGAUAUUGGCUCUAUAGUGUGUGAUAUAAGUUUUUCUGAACUUACUUACUUAGAUGCUUUCUGGAGGGAUUAUAUUGAUGGUUCACUGUUAGAGGCUCUAAAAGGGGUAUUUAUAACAGAUACUUUGAAACAGGUGGUCGGACAGGAAGCUAUCAAGUUGUUAGUUAGUGUUGAUGAAGAUGAUUAUGAAGCUGGAAGACUCAAAUUGUUAAAGAAACUCAACUUUUGAAUAUAAUGAAUAAUCACACAACAGUGCUGAAAAUUAAAUACUGUGGAUUCAUUAUUAUUCGUUGGAUUCCAAUUUUUCGUGGAUUUCGAGGGAACAGUAAAACCACGAAAUUAAAUGUUCAACGAAUGACAAAUUUUCUCAUAGCUUGUAUGCAGACUUCAGCAAAACCACGAAAUCAAAUAUCCACGAACAUGCAAGUUUUCCUCAAUCCACGAAAAUUGGUACCCACGAAAAUAAAUGAAUCCACAGUACUGUCAAUUUAUUUAUUUUUGUGGGUACCACUUUCUGUUGAUUUAGGGAAAAAAUGUGUAUGUUUUAUUUCAAUGAUUUGCAAAAGUCUGCAUAUAACUAAGCUGGUAAAAAUUAAAAUAGAUAUUUUUCAUCGAAAAUUUAUGAUAUGGUUUACCUUUGCAAAACUAAUAACACAAUAAUUGAAUAUGAUAAUAACUGUAAAUUCACAAACUAUUGUGAAUAAAUGCAACAAGAUAUGUUUCUCAAAAUAAGAAAUUUGAAAUUUCUAUACCAUUAUAUGUAUGCAGCAUUUUCCUGAAAUCAUAAAAAAAUAAUCUUGUAUUUGCUUCCAUUGUCAACAAUUGCUAUUAUAAAAUCACUUAGUAAUUUCUGAAUUAACAGUACAUAACUAUGUUGCAGAUGAAAUGUUUUGUGCACCUGAUUUUCCCAAAUUCUGGCCUCAAAUGAAUGUUAUUAAUUUAGAUAUAGGUAGGUUGUGUGCACUAAAAUUGUCAUCAUAUGCAAAGAAUAAAGGUUAAUUAAAAUUAAUACACUGCCAUCAAGUCUUUAUUUGAGAUAAACAAUGGUAAAAUGUUUAUGAGUUUACCUUAAGUUGAAAACCUUGAAGCAGGCAACUUCAAGAUAAACAUAGUUAUGUAUUCAGGGGUUGGUUGUAAAACAAAAUAAGCAUGGUAUAAAACUUUAAGAACUUAGAUGUUUUGCUGUAGCAGCCCAAUUUUGUAUUAUAAAUAUCCAACAGUUAAAUACUUAUGCCAAAUUUGAGCAGCCCAUAUCAUAUAAUUUUGGGGGUCUUGAUCAACAUUUUGUGUACUAUUUAAAUAAAAUAUGUAUUUGAAUAUCUUUUCCUAAAAAAAUCAAUCCUUUUCAAUUGGUUGAAUAUAUAGUUAGGUACAUUUUACUACCCCUAGAAACAAAGAUAAAAUUGAGAAUGUGUAAAAGAGCCAACAACCCAAUGAAUACAUUUAUGAUAGAUUUUUUGUAUGUUUUUCAGUUGUAAUUUUCAUCUUCAAUUGAUUUAAUUGUCAUAAACUUCUGUAGAUAUAGAUUAAGAUUAAGUUAUUGCAUUUAAAAGUAAAGUAUUACUAUGUAUAGCAAAUGUACACAUUAUAGGCUGUUUUCUGAAAGUAACUGAUUCAAAUUUGACUAAACAAACUUGCUUAUAGUGUAAUCAAAAUUCAUCAAAUAGAAGUCUUUAUGAUACUUUAUUUUGAAGUCUAAGGGUAAAACAUUAUUUGUUAAUAGUUGUUAAUCAAUUAUGAUAGUAUUUUAUCUGUAUCAUAUGCUUGUGGAUAUAAUUAAGUUAGAAAUCUGUGAUUUCAAAUGAUUUUUUUCAAAUAUUUUCAAAGGGAGCUAACUCCUGUUCACUUCAAUGUUAAUUAUGCUUUGUUUAUCUAAAUCGUUUUAACAAGAUCACCUGUAUUAACCUUUAAAAACUUGAGAAGAAACCUUUGAUAAACUGUUUUGAAAGAAAAAAUCAUGUGUAAAUAAAUAAUUCAAUGUUAUAAUUUUACAAAUAAAAACAAUGCUUUUGAAGGAAAUCUGUAUUUUUAUUGCGCCCUACUGAAUUAAUUUUUUUUUUAUUAAUAAAUGUUAUAAAAGCAAAGGAUAUGUAAGUUAUAUGAUGUUGUAAUGAGUUUAGAAUUGAAUGUGAAAUUUGUAUUGUUUUUCACCUUGACAUUAAUUACCUGAAUGAAAUAACAUUAAAUGUAGUGAGGGAAGGGAAAUAAUCCAAUUUCUGAAGGUAUCCACUUUAGAUGAUUAAAACUUCUAUUUUCAAGAAUGAUUUAAAGCAAAAAUAAUCAUAUUUCAAAAAUUUUCUUUUUCUCAUGCAGACUUUUGCAAAUCAUUUUACACACUUGGACAUUUAUUUUCAAACUUGGCUUCUUUUUUUAAAAGUUUAUGCACACAGAAAACUUAAUAUAUUUUAUUUUGUUGGAAAUUCUUUACAUGGAGUAUAGAUUAAUAAGAAAUAAAAAGUUUUACGUAGUGUAUUUUUUUGCUUUCAUUAGAUAAUAUGUUUUAAAUAGCAACCCCAUAAGUUAAUGUUGAGAAUAUUGUUAAGUCAACCAUUUUUAAAAGAAUUAUAGAAGUAAAACAUACUAAAAAUUGUUCAGUGAAUGAAAUAAUAUUGUUUUUCUUUGAAUAAUUGUGUGUCAACUUUUAAUUAUCAUUUAUAGAAAAAACACUAAAUAACUAUCCAACAAGUAAAUACUGUCAUUAAUCAUUAAUACAUGGUAAGGAAUUUACUGAAAUAUGUUUUUUGUAUUAUUUUGAUAAAUUUCACAUUUUGAAUAUUCAAAUGUUAGUAUGUGGUUUUUCUUCUUCACAACUUUUACGUCAUACUUCUUUUUUUAUAAGGGUUAAGUUAGAAAAGAUGUAAUAAUGCAAAACCUAUACUAUAUUUGUCAAAAGAGUCACUAAAACAUCCAUAUUUCUUCCCUUAGAUGAACAUUUUUACAGAUUAAUAACAUUUCUUUCUUAAAAUUUACAUAAUUCACUAGAUAUCUAGAUUAAUUGAGUUCUGCUACUUUACAAUCCAAGAUGUCAGAGGACACUAUUGUUAAAGUCUACUGUAAAUUCAGAAUUUAUUGCGUGCAUUUAUUAUUGUGAUGAUAUUUUACACUAAAAUGCAAUUUUAAUUUAUGCAAUAUUAAGAAAAAUCCUGUUUAAUUCAAAUACAAAAUUUCGAAAUGCAAGUUUAAAUUAUAGCGAUUAUAACUCUGUCACAUUUUCGCAAUAAUGAAAAUAUUGCAAUCAUUUCUGAAUUUACUGUACCUACCUUAUAAAGAAGCAAUUUGAAUGCAGUUAUUUGAUAUUUUGCAUGCCUGCUUGUAUUAACCUGUCUCUGUUGUAGGCUUUAACAUUAAAUUUCUGCCCCUGGAGUUUAAUUCUAAUUAAUUCAAAAAUAGUGUUUAUAUUUAUAUAUUUAAAAUAGAAGAUAAACAUUAUUCAAAUAACUUUUGGUAUAUGUCGGUCUAAAGAUAUGGAAAUACUGUAGCAUAAAUCUUUAGAUAAAUAGAUAUAUAAUUUUCUUUAUGACACUCAUGUUAACAGAGGAAUGCAAUAUGACAUGUUUUUCUGCAUUUAUUGUUAAAUUAAGUAGGUAAAGUUUUUUGAGAGAGAGAAAAAUGAGAAAUAAAUUAUGUAUGUAAAAAACAA